GAAAGGUUUUGUUUGCUUCACGAAGUAGAACAUUCAUUUGCAUUUCUGCAUUUUUUUCGAGCAGCGAUGGUUUUCCCCCUAGCAGCUGUGUGGGCAGGAUAUCCCUCAAACGUUAGGGAUUUGAUUAGUUGUUAGAGGGAAAAUUSUACACCCAGAAACAACCUUGAUUUUGACAGCACUUCAUUUUGAGACCCUGGCUUUCCUCUAAAGGGUUUUGUCAUUUAUUGGGUUUAUUACUGGCCACGCGCUUUAGUUACCAACACAAUGGAUAAAGGAGGAGAGCAUAAUUUUUCUGCCUGCGUGUCACAUAAUUUUUAAAGUGCUUUUUAUAAAUCUGAUGAAGGGAAACUUCAGCGUGCGUAAAGAAGUUCGCUCUCUGCGCCGCAAGACCGCAGAGAGAAACACCAGAUGCUAUAAAGGGUCCUUCCAUGAACAUUCUCGCAGUUGCAUUUUAGCAGAAUUUUCAUAGAAAGUGGAAGAUUAGAUGCCGAAGUUUACUUCUCCCGAGGAACUCGAACGAAAAUUUGUCCGAGACGUGUACCAUGACAUAGCUCCAGGAUUUAGACACACUCGCUACAAGGCUUGGCCUUAUGUGGAACAGUUUUUAAGAUCCCAGCCUGCAGGUAGCAUUAUUGCUGAUGUUGGCUGCGGCAAUGGAAAAUACCUUGGCCUUACSACCGAUUCAUUCAUAAUGGGGUCUGAUACUUGCUUGAAGCUGGUAGAAAUUGCUCAUGACAGAUGUCAUGAGGUUGCUGUUUGCAACAACUUGAGGCUUCCUUACAAGGAUGAGUGCUUUGAUGCCAUCAUUUCCAUUGGUGUGAUUCAUCAUUUUGCUUCAGCUAAGAGGAGGCUGAGAGCAUUGCAAGAACUUGGGAGAAUACUAAGACCUGGAGGGAAGAUGUUAGUUUAUGUCUGGGCUAUGGAACAGCAGCAGAGAAAAUUUGAUGCACAGGAUGUAUUAGUUCCAUAUACUGGACAUCAAAGAUUCAGAGGGAAGCGCAGAAAAUCUAUUCAUGAAAAUAAUAAUUUCCCAGAGCGAGCCAACAGUCUAACACCAAAUGGUCAUAUCAAUUUGAGACGGUCAAAAUCAUGUGACAAGCUCUUUGACAGGUGUCAAUCAACUGGAAAUUCCAAGCACUUUGAUUUAGAAAAUAAGAACAGGGGUACAAAAGGUCAUGCUAUUUCCUCCAAGAUUGAGUUCAAAGUAUUAAAAGAGAUUAUCCAGACUAUAAAGAACAAGAAAGAUCACUUAUUAACAAACCUUAAUGCACAAGUAACUAAACUUUAUCCAGAAAGAGAGAAAAAGUUUAUGGAUGGAUUGUUGUCAGGACUCAUUGGUAGAUUUUUUGACAAGGACGUAAACACACAAAGUGAAAAUGACAAGCCUAUUCCAGCUCAAGGAGUUGACGCAAAGACAAGAAUUGCUUAUGUCACUAAAUUUGUUUCUUCUUUGGUCAAAAGAUUGUUYAAUGAAAAGAGUGAGGAAGCCGUAACUAAAGAUAAAAUGGAACCAGCACCACAUGAGACUGAACAAUUAGAAYUAAUGAAAAUAACAGAGAAAGAUCUUGAAGAAAGCUUCUUCAUYAGCCUGACAGCUUGGGCAAAGGAGAAAAUAAAUGUGCUUUCSUCUAGAGAGUGUAAGGAGAAAGUUGACCCUAAAGGAUUGCUCCUACGAGGAGAAUCUUGUGACAGUGAAUACAGUGAGGUUGAUUCUGAUGAGUACCAGUUUGCUGCUUCAGCAGCAUGUUUCUUGGAGUCGAAUGAUAAAACCAGUGCAGUAGAAGUACAAGAAAAACCUCUAAAUGACGACUACAAGAGUGUCAAGAUUCCUCCACACCUUUUGACAAGACUUUUGGACACUAUUUCUUCUUCGAGUGAUUCYGACAGUGAUGGGUCAUCAUCUUCUUCUGUUGACAGAGUAAACAGUGACUCAGGCAUUUCAGACUCUGAGCAACAGGAAACACUUGAUUUACCAGCAAAUGGCAGAAGAAGAGCCUAUACCACUUCAUGCUAUGAAAAUAAAACUCAUACGAUAGAUGACGACAUUGCCAAUGGAGAGAAAAAGCAACACAAUCUGCAGAGAUAUUAUCAUGUUUUUAAUCAAAAAGAAUUACCAGAUUUGAUAGAGGAUGGUGUGGAGGGAGUUGAUGUAUUGAAGGAAUAUUAUGAUCAYGGGAAUUGGGCUGUGAUUGCUGAAAAACAGUAAUUUUUAAAUUUUAGCAUUUUAUCUAAUUUUAUUCUUAUGACAGGAUUAGUUUCAUAUUGUUUUGCUCUCCUUCUCGAUAACAGGAAGUGGAUUAUUUCCCACUCAGAUUAGUUUUGGUAGAUGUCAAUCAAAUUAUGUAAGUGUUUCCAUGAUGUUGGCUGGAAGCACAAGAAAUGGGAAUGCCAAAGAAUGCCAUGGAAAUACCAUGACGGACGGCUACCAAAACUCUAAAAACUGUACUACCAUAACUGAGAUUUGACGAGUGUAAUGUGUACCUAAAUCUUAAUUACACUUUUAAAUCAWUCUUUUUAACAUUCAUAUUACUGGUAUCAAAUUUUAAAUUACAUGUUUUUAAUGAUUUCAUAUUUUUUUGAUAAUUUAAUUCUUACUAAGAUAUAUGCAACUUAAAUUAUUUUUUGAAAUAAUUUUCACAUUUUUAAAGUGAUGAUGGAAAUUAAUAACAUUUAUUGAUAGGAAUUAAUUUAUGUAUUUUACACUUUAGGUAUAUUUAAUUUAUUGAAUUUAAAAUAAUAAAGUACAUAUAUUUAUCUUGCUAGACAACAGACACAAUCAAGUUAAGUCUGCCAGAAUGCUAAGCAGGAUUUAUAGUGACUGUCACUUAAUCGUGGGUGUUUCAAUUUAUGUAGGGGAGGGGUGCAGUUGCCUUCUAUGCAGACAUCUUUAGUUUUGUCACAUUGUGGCGCAAUCGUUCAGGAUGUCUGUGCAGGAGAUCUAGGAAGAAUACCAGGCCAUUUUUAUGAGUAUCACAUGAAUGAAUGAAAGGAUACGAGAGAAUAAUUUCAAAAAAGAAAAAAAAAAAGAAAACUAAUUUUCCAUACAACAGAGGGGCAGCCACUAACCGUUCUUGUCUAGUCUUUAACUUAGAACUUUAUAAAGUUUACCUUUAUUGUAGAUUUAUUUAUUGAAAUUUUG